AUGGCGAGGUGCGAGGACGCGGCUUUGGACCUGGACCCAACCUGGGGGAAGUUUGCCGUGCUUAAAUUUGCGAGGGUCGGCUGCAGUACAAGUAAUAGUACUGGUACUAGUAAUACGACUGGUAUGAGUAAUAGUAUGGGUACGAGUAGUAUUAUGGACAUGAGUAAUAGUACCAGCAGGAGUAGUAGUACGGCUAUGAGUAGUAGUACUGGUAUGCGUAGCAGUAUGAAUGGUAGUACGAGUAUGGGUAGUAGUACAGGUUCAAGUAGGAGUACGGGUACAAGUAGUAAUAUGGGUAUUAAUAGUUCGGGAACAAGUAGUAGAGCGAGUAGGAAUAGUAGUAUGAAUACGAGUAGUACGGAUAUGAGGAAUAGUAGCAAUACGGGUAUGAGUAGUAGUGUGGGUACGACUAGUAGUACAAGUAGUGGUAGUAGUAGUACAAGUAGAAGUAGUGGUAUGAGUACGAGUAGUAGUACGGGCAUGAGUAGUGGUACAGGCAUGACUAGUAAUACUGGCACGAGUAGUAGGAAGGGCACUAGUAACAAUAUGGACACCAGUAGUAGAGCGGGCAUGAAUAGUAGCACAGGGACGAGUAGUAGCACGGGAACGAGUAGUAGCACGGGAACGAGGAGUAGUACGGGCACGAGUAGUACUAGUACGAGCAAUACUAGUAUAGAUAGUUGUAGUACUGCUACUGUAAUUGCACUAUUACUACUAUAA